AUAUAACCCUAUGAUUAAUUAAACUCUAAUUACAAAUUAAACACUUCGAAUAAAUCCAAAUUCAUUCAUCUCCUCUGAAACUUACCGUUAUGAUCAACAAUAAUCGCUUCGCCAUAAUCGCGAAGAAACCAAAGUUACAUUCCAAAACGCACGCGUUUUAACCCUUUCAUCACUCUUUUUCAUUUCAUGGGUUUCGUUUUCUGAAUACUGUUACUGAAACUACUAGAAGAAAUGGCUCAAGAAUCGCAACAAUUGGAUCCGAACAAGAAUGAAGUUAUUCGAUUAGAGCGUGAAUCUGUUAUUCCAGUUCUUAAACCUAGGCUCAUCAUGACAUUGGCAAAUCUUAUUGAACAUAGUUCCGACCGAGCUGAGUUUUUGAAGCUCUCCAAGAGGGUGGAGUAUACAAUUCGAGCUUGGUACCUUUUACAAUUUGAGGACUUGAUGCAACUUUACUCCCUCCUUGAUCCUGUGCAUGGGGCACAGAAAUUGGAACAACAGAAGCUAACUUCUGAAGAAAUUGAUGUACUUGAACAGAAUUUCUUGACGUACCUAUUUCAGGUAAUGGAAAAGAGCAACUUUAAGAUAGUGACUGAGGAUGAGAUUGAGGUUGCACAUUCCGGCCAAUAUCUUCUCAAUCUUCCCAUUUCUGUUGAUGAAUCUAAGCUUGACAAGACACUUCUGAAGAAAUAUUUUGAAAAGCAUCAUCAUGAUAACCUUCCAGAUUUCUCUGAUAAGUAUGUUAUCUUUCGGCGUGGUAUAGGAAUUGAUCGGACAACCGAUUACUUUGUCAUGGAGAAAGUGGACAUGCUCAUUGGACGAUUUUGGGCUUAUCUGUUAAGAGUUACUAGGUUGGAAAAGAUUUUUUCAAGAAAGUCGAAGCCUAACAAGAAGGAUUCAAAAGGCAAUGAAAUGAUCCGUGAAGGAACUGGGGAUGACUUUUAUGUGGAACGGAUACGUCUUGAAAACAUGCAACUGAGCUCCCAUAAUUUACUCGGCAAGACCUUGAUUCAAGAACCGACAUUUGAUAGGAUAAUUGUUGUAUACAGGAGAGCCAGUACCAAAUCUAAAACAGAACGAGGAAUAUUUGUGAAGCAUUUUAAAAACAUUCCAAUGGCUGAUAUGGAAUUAGUUCUUCCAGAAAAGAAAAACCCUGGAUUAACUCCAAUGGAUUGGGUGAAGUUUCUUGUAUCAGCAGUUGUUGGACUGGUUGCUGUAUUUAGUUCACUCGAAAUGCCUUCGGCUGAUUGGUGGGUCAUAUUUGCUGUUCUUUCAACAGUAAUUGGUUAUAUUGUCAAGACAUAUUUUACAUUCCAACAAAACUUGGCUCAAUACCAAAAUUUGAUUACACAGUCGAUGUAUGACAAACAACUAGACAGCGGAAAGGGUACACUUCUUCAUUUAUGUGAUGAUGUCAUUCAACAAGAAGUCAAAGAAGUGAUACUUUCAUUCUUUAUUCUAAUGGAACAGGGCAAAGCUACAAGACAGGAUCUCGAUCACUGGUGUGAAGAACUAAUCAAAGAAGAGUUUGGGGAGGAAUGUGAUUUUGAUGUGGAUGAUGCAGUUGGUAAAUUAGAGAAAUUGGGUAUCGUCAGUCGGGAUUCUAUUGGUAGAUAUCAAUGUGUUGGACUCAAAAGGGCUAAUGAGAUCAUUGGCACCACCACUGAAGAACUUGUGCUCAAGGCAAGACAGGGAAACCUUACUACUUGAUGAUGGCGUUUACAGAAUAUGCACAGCAGUCUUUGUACAUGUUAGUGUUGGUUAAUAACGAUAAUCCUGAGAUUAGUCGCUAAAUUUUUUCUUUAAAAAAUGCUAGAUUGAUGUCUUGUCUUUUAGAUGGAAGUUCAUUACAUUUCUGCUUGCUGCUUAUCAACUUGUGUAUUAGUCAUAUAUGCUGCCUUUUCUAUAACUUCA